GAGGAUGCUGAGCUGCAUUCCCAUCAUUCUGUGAGUAGAGGAGGAUCCCCCUGCGCAGGCAUAGCGGGCGAGACACCGAGCGAUAAAAACAUAUAAAAAUAAUCCAAGUCGAGCUGUUUAUCUGCCACCAUGUCCGCUGGAGGAGACCUGGGGAACCCCCUGAGGAAAUUUAAACUCGUGUUUUUGGGAGAGCAGAGCGUGGGGAAAACGUCUCUCAUCACUAGAUUCAUGUAUGACAGCUUCGACAACACAUAUCAGGCGACCAUUGGAAUUGACUUCCUAUCGAAGACAAUGUACCUGGAGGACCGGACAGUAAGGCUGCAGCUGUGGGACACAGCUGGACAAGAGCGUUUCAGGAGCCUCAUUCCGAGCUACAUACGAGACUCGACGGUGGCUGUGGUUGUCUAUGACAUUACAAAUGUAAAUUCAUUCCAGCAGACCUGCAAAUGGAUUGACGAUGUCAGGACAGAGAGAGGAAGUGAUGUCAUCAUCAUGCUAGUAGGCAACAAGACAGACCUGGAAGAGAAAAGGCAAAUCACGAUCGAGGAAGGAGAGCAGAGAGCCAAAGAACUGAACGUCAUGUUCAUCGAGACCAGUGCCAAGACAGGCUGCAAUGUCAAACAGCUGUUUCGUCGAGUUGCAGCAGCCCUACCUGGAAUGGAAAGCCUGGACGAUGCAAAUCCUGAAGGCAUGAUUGACAUCAAGCUGGACAAGCCAGCGGAACCAGCUGUGCCUGAGGGCGGGUGCUCAUGUUAAUGCAGAGCUGCACUUGGACAGCUCCCUUCACACCAUAGGCUUGUUGUGUUGCUUACUACUGGUUAGCUUCCAGUUGACUUCUCCAAUUGGAUAUAGGAUGUGGGCCUUGUAUCUGAUUGGACAAAUCAAAUGUUAUCUUUCAGUCUUGUUCAGUUGUAAAAUAUUGUAUACUUUGUCAAUAUGUAAGUGACUGGAGGAGAAAAGGGAAGAAAACAAUUGUUGCAAUGAAAAUGAACACACACACACUGAAAAAAACAGUUUGGAGAAAAAUGAGGAAACCAAUGGAGUUCUUUUCGCUGUUAUGUUUUGUAUUUUUUAUAUAUAAAAAGGGAAAGCACCAAAAAUGAUGCCUAAACACAGAAGGAGAAAUAGCAGGAGGGUCGGCCAUUUUUCUAAAUAGCUGAACAUGUCUGAAUGUCUGCAGCACGCAUGCACGCUGAUCUGAUCUUUGACCUUUGGCCUGCCCUACAGGGUCUCCGUGCUCUGGAAGGAGGCUGACUAUCUUAGAAUGUUUUAUAGCAUCUCUCUAUAGCAUCUCAUGACAAGACGUAUCUCAUUUGAUAUUCCCACAACUUCCAGUAGGAUCACCUAACAGUAGCUGUGAAAAUGUGGCACUCUAUCUCUCUAUGGGUUUAACUUUUAUAGAACAAGCUGUACUGUGGUUAAAAAAGAAGUAAUAAAGAGACAACUUACUAUCACAACUCCCUAACCCUCCUAAAAGUCCUCUCCUCUUCCUUCUCUCCUCCCGCUAUCCUUCUGUCCUUCCAGUCUCCCCAUCCCUCCAUCCCGGUAAUACACAUAUAACAAUCCACUGUAAUGCACCGCACUGUAUAUAAUAAUGUAAUAUGUAUGUUGUGAACGUCCCUCUGUAGAAGUGGUCCUUGUUCACCAGUAUGAAUAAUGUAAUAAUGUUUAAUGAUUAAUAAAUUACAAAUUAAAGGGCUUCACUCUCCUAACCAUCAA